CAAACCCAUCCGCCAUGUCCAUCGAAAACAUCGAGAACCUCUCCCUUGAGGACGGCAACAACCAGAUCCCCGCCGGCGCCACCGUCGAGCUCCACUCCCGCCCCGAACGCAAGGCCCGCAAGGCCCUCGAAGGUCUCGGCCUCAAGCGUGUCCAGGGCAUCACCCGAGUCACCCUCCGCCGCGCCCGAAACAUCCUCCUCGUCGUCGCCGACCCCGAAGUCUACAAGUCGCCCGGAAGCGACUGCUACAUUGUCUUUGGCGAGGCCAAGGUGGAGGACCCCAACAGCCAGGCCCAGCAGUUGGCUCAGCAGCAAUUGCAGGCGAGCAGCCAGGCUGCCCAGCAGGCGCACGCGCAGGGAGGGUUCAAGGAUGGUGUGCCCAAGUCUUUGGAGGACUUGGUUGGGGACGAGUCUGCCGAGGGAUCCACCGACGCUGCCGCUCCCGCCGAGCCCGCCGACUUUAAGGUGAACGAGGAAGAGAUUCAGUUGAUUGUCGCCCAAACCGGCGCGGACGAGGCCAAGGCCAGGGAGGCGUACAUUGCCGAGAAGGGAGACUUGAUCAAUGCUAUCAUGAAGCUCCAGGGUUAAGCGAGAGGGGAUCUGAAGGGUUGAUGGACAGGACGUAGGAGCGUUGUGUAAAGCAAAAGAGAGCAUGGAUCUAUGCCUGCAUUGUAUCUACCGUACCCCCUGCAUACUUUCUUGUGGGCAGCAGAUACAUCGCCGUCAAUAUUGGUCGACCCCGAAAAUCCAAA